AUGGAGACAGAAAAGCUACACCAGAUCGGCAAAGAUCUGGGGCUAACGGGCGUAGAAUUGGCCCAGUUCAUAAAAGAAGAAGCAGAAUUAAAAAGAGAAGAAUUGAAAAUAAGGCAGCUGGAGUUAAAAAGAGAGUUCCCUGUGGUAGAUGAGGUGACACAUCACAACACUGCGAACACUAAGGUAAAGUACCCCAAGCUACCAGUAUUCAAUGACAAGUGUGAUAACAUUGAUGCAUAUCUUCAACGGUUUGAAAGGUUUGCUAGGAAUGCAGAUUGGCCUGAAGAAGUGUGGGCUAUCAGUUUAGCUUCCUUAUUGCAAGGUAAAGCCUUGGAUAUAUAUCACCAAUUAACCCCUACAGAAGCGAAUAGUUUUGAACUGGUAAAAUCGGCACUAUUAAAGGGAUUUGAUUGUACUGUUGAGGGUUUUAGAACAAAAUUUAGAAAUUGUAAAUUUUCCAUGGGUGAGACUGCCAAACAGCUAAUAGCAAGAAUGACAAAACUGUUUGAGAGAUGGACUGAGAUGGCGGAAUGUGAAAAGGAGUACGAGGCUUUAAAAGAGCUGAUUAUAAGAGAGCAAUUUCUAUUCUCAUGUGGUCGUAACCUAAGUUUAUUCCUGAAAGAACGAUCUCUGAAAAUUCUACAAGAUCUACAGGAGAAUGCUGACCGCUUCCUCGAAGCCCACGGAAACCAAGUAACCCGAGCGACAACGCACCAAUUGCCCACGCAGGUAUUCCGCCCUCCUCAACCCUCCACGCCCAGCAUCCCAACAACGGAAAAAGGUGCAGUGCGGGGCCAGGUAACUUGCUUUAUUUGUAAUAAAAGGGGACAUAGGGCCAGGGAGUGUUAUUUUAGGCCACCAAAUGUCCGAGGAAAAACGAGCCAACCACAACUGCGGAAGGAAGACACAGCUGCACCCGUAAGUAGUGUUGUAAUUGCACCAGAAACUAAUGUGAAAUGGAAUCGAGGAGAAACAAAGGAAAGUGAAGGGAAUGAUGUAGAUGGAGAGGAACUAUGUGGAGGAACUCUAGCCAAAGGUAAGAAGUUGAAGACUGCCAGAGGAGAAGUUGAAGGAAGAAAAGUCGUAGUACUGAGGGACACGGGAUGUUCAACGGUGUUAGUAAGGAGAAGUCUGGUUCCGUCGUCUAAGCUGACUGGUAAGGAAGUGGGAAUAAUGAUGGCAAAUUCUGAAAUAUAUUAUUACCCUGAACCAAUAAUUGAUGUCAAGACCCCCUAUUAUGCGGGGAGGGUGAGCGCCGUGUGUCUACCACAGCCACUGUGUGACCUGAUAAUUGGAGAAAUACCAGGAGUGAGCACAGGUGAAGGCGACGCACGAAAGGAACAGUGUGGAGUGAUGACGAGAAUGCAGAUUAGAAGAGAUAGUGAGUGUAAAAGGAAGACGCCAGCGUUGAAAAUAGCAGAGGUAACAAAAAUGAUGGACACAAAUAUACAGACCACUCAAGAGGAGGAUAAAACUUUGGAUGGAAUUCGGAUAUAUGCACAAAAAGGUAAAGUUUUUAAAAGGGUUAAAAAUAAUGAAAUUUCUAAAUUUGUUUUGAAAGGAGGACUGCUGUACAGACAGGUCACAACGGGAAAAAGACAGCGGGAUCAGCUUGUUGUUCCUCAGACGUGUCGCCAAGCUAUCCUGGAGCUGGCCCAUUCAGGCAUUAUGGGAGGCCAUUUGGGCAUAAGCAAAACUAAAGACAGAAUACUUGCACAUUUCUUUUGGCCAGGUGUUACCGUAGCCGUGACCCGCUACUGCAGAUCAUGCGACGUGUGUCAACGGACGGUGGAUAAGGGGAAGGUUAGCAAGUUCAAACUGGGUGACAUGCCGCUCAUUGGUGAACCAUUUUCCCGCAUGGCCGUGGAUCUGGUGGGGCCGCUGGAGCCACGAUCAUCAAAUGGCUCUCGAUAUAUCCUGACGGCAGUAGAUUACGCUACGAGGUACCCCGAAGCCGUCGCCCUUCCAAACAUUGACACGCCCACAGUAGCAGAGGCCUUGGUAACAAUCUUUAGCAGGGUAGGUGUGCCUAGAGAGAUCUUAUCUGACAGGGGGACACAGUUUACCUCUGAUGUAAUGAAAGAAGUGUAUCGCCUGCUUUCCAUUCAAUCUUUAACCACUACACCAUACCAUGCUAUGUGCAAUGGCCUCGUUGAAAAAUUUAACGGGACACUAAAGAAAAUGCUUAAAAGGAUGUGUGUUGAGCAGCCCAAGGAAUGGCACCGUUACCUGGCGCCCCUUCUGUUUGCCUAUCGCCAAGUACCCCAGGCCAGCACGGGAUUCUCGCCCUUCGAGCUGAUAUACGGACACACUGUGAGAGGACCGCUAACGCUGUUGCGCGAACUAUGGGACAGCAGUACGGCUGACAAUGAGGUAAAGUCUGCAUAUGAAUAUGUGAUAAACCUACGAGAAAGGUUGGAAAAUACAUGUAGAAUGGCUUUAAUAGAAUUAAAACAGGCGCAGGAGGCAGCCCAGUAUUACUACGAUCGUAGAACCAGGGAUAGAAAUAUUGCUGUUGGCGACGACGUCUUGCUGCUGUUGCCUACCAAUGCCAAUAAGCUGUUGUUCCAGUGGAAGGGACCGUUUAGAGUCCUAAGCAGCCCUAACAAUGGAACAAGUGGUGGAGGCAAAAGGGAAACGGAUAAAACCGCCGUCGCCGUGGUGAAGUCCGACGAUGUGUCGGGUAAACUAAUUACAAUCCCAAGUUAUCACCGGCAGGAGACGUGGAAAGAUGUACAUUGCAAUACUAAAUUGCCAGACGCCCAGCAGGAAGAUUUAAGGGAAAUUUUACGCAAGUAUGAAACUGUGUUGACGGAUGUUUCCAGCUUAGAGAAUGUGGUGAGAGAAGAGCUCUCGCAUAUGAUGCAGCUUGGCAUUAUCGAAGCAUCUGACUCCUCGUUUUCGACUCCUAUCUUAGUUGUGCCUAAGAAAGACGGAAAACAUCGGCUUUGUUUAGACUUCAGAAGACUUAACAAAGUUGUUAAAUUUAAUGCAGAACCUAUGUGUGAUCCAGAAUCCAUAUUUUGCAGACUGAGUCAUAGCAGAUAUUUUUUCGAAGAUCGACCUGACAAAAGGUUUACUGGCAAAUACCUCUUGAAAAGGAUUCUCGAAGUUUACUGCUUGUUUCUACCCUGCAGCAUCGCCGCGCCGCUGACGGAGCUGGUUAAGAAGAGCGCCCCGUCCAAGGUCGCGCGGCGCGAGGAGCAUCAGCACGCAUUUGACAAGUUGAAGUAUGCGCUGACAGAUAAACCUGUCCUUAAACUUCCAAACAUUAAUAACCCUUUUAUCCUCAGAACAGACGCUUCGGAAGUGGGCUUGGGAGCAGUACUUUUACAGGAAGAUGCUGGUGAGAAACUCCCCGUCGCGUAUGCAAGCCGAAAGCUGUCUAACACCGAGCAAAAAUAUUCGGUGAUUGAACGCGAGUGUCUAGCGGUGGUGUGGGCAACCAAAAGGUUCUACAAGUUUCUGUAUGGUCGCGAGUUCUACCUCGAGACAGACCACCAACCUCUCAUGUACCUGGACACGGCCAAGUCAUUGAACGGUCGCUUGAUGAGGUGGGCGCUGGCUCUACAAGAAUACAGAAUGAUCAUACGUUAUAUUCGCGGCAGUGAAAAAUGUUUGGUGCAGAUUUCUUAA